AUGAGGUUUGCGCUAUUUGCUAGUGUACUGGCUGCCCUGGUGGUGGCUAUAGAGGCAAAGCCACUUCAAAGAACAACAAACCAUGUUGUUCAUGAAGAACGGACUGUGCCCAGAAGGCACUGGACAAAGAUGGGCCGUGUUCACUGGUUCAAGACUCUGCCUGUCCGGAUUGGCCUGUCCCAAUCGAAUCUCCAUAGAGCCGAGGAGUUUAUCAAUGCAGUCUCUCAUCCACAGUCGGCUAAUUAUGGCAAGCACUGGACGUCAAAGCAGAUUGCCGAGACCUUUGCUCCAAGUCUGGAGUCGGCUGAUGCUGUAAGGCAAUGGCUCGAGGCUGAAGGCAUAGCUUCUGAUCGGGUCAAGCUUUCAAAAGGCCGUCACUGGUUAGAGUUCAAAGCAACUGUGCAAGAGGUGGAACGACUUCUCAAGACUGAAUACCAUGUCUAUCAACACAAGCAGCAUGGCAACUUGCACGUCGCCUGUGACAAGUAUCAUGUUCCCAAUCACCUGAUGGAGCACAUCGACUUGAUCACCCCUACCAUUCAUUUCGACCAGCGAGUUGGGCACGAGCGGGAGAACAAGCAGGCUCCUGUCACUGAGAAGCAUCAGGAAGAAUUACGACGAAGAUCAUUGGCGAAAAGGCAGCGACCCGAAAAAGGAAUCCUUGGCUCAGUCCUGAACGACGGCUUCUCGCCCAAGCAAGGUGCCAUCAUUGAAAACGCCAUUGCCACAUUGGAAAAUUGCGACACCAUGUUAACCAUUGACUGCAUCCGGGCACUGUACUCUGUCCCACCUGGAUCACUCUCGCAAUCCAACAAUACUCUUGGAAUCGUCGAAUACACCCCACAGGCCUUUCUCCAAGAGGACCUCGACCUGUUUUUUGAGCAAUUCCAACCUCGGCUUGCCGGUAAAUCGCCCAUUGUCCAAUUAAUCGACAAUGCAGUUGUUCAGACGACAAAUAAGAGUUUCAACUUCAACGGAGAGUCUGCUCUCGAUCUCGAAUUCGCCAUGGGCCUCAUCUUUCCGCAGCAGGCCACCUUGUUCCAAGUCGGCGAUCUCAACCAAGGUGGCAGUUUUGGCAAUCUGCUCGACGCGCUGGACGGCAGCUUUUGCACGUUCGAGGGCGGCGACUCCAAGGACCCCAACAUUGACGGACAGUACGCCGAAGACAUUCGCUGCGGCACGGCCCAGGCCACAAACGUCAUCUCGACCAGUUACGGAUACAACGAGGGCGACCUCGGCGCCCGUUAUGAGCAAAGACAGUGCGCAGAGUACAUGAAGCUCGCCCUGCAGGGCGUGUCCAUGAUCUUUUCGUCUGGCGACAAUGGCGUGGCUGGGAACCAAGCCGUGUGCAUUGAUCCCACCACGGGUGCAUACAAUGACGGCUCGACUGGUCUCUUUAAUCCUUCCUUUCCCGGUACAUGUCCAUAUGUAACAUCGGUUGGUGCAACGCAGAUCCUCAAUGGCUCUUCCGUCCGGUCGCCAGAGAGUGCGUGCGAAGAAGUCAUCUUUUCCGGCGGGGGCUUUUCCAAUGUUUUCGCCAUGCCUUCGUACCAGGAAAAGGCCAUCAAAUCCUACUUUGCCGAUUCUGCGCCGUCGUAUACUGCCGAGCAAUUCAACAAUUCCCAGACGGUUAGGGGCUAUCCGGAUGUGGCUGCUAAUGGCGCCCGGUACCUGACUGCCGUAGACGGCAACUUUACUCUCUCAUUUGGCACGUCGGCCUCGGCGCCGGUUUUCGCAUCCCUCAUCAACAUGAUCAAUGAGAAGCGUCUGGCCGCUGGCAAGUCCCCGGUCGGAUUUGUCAACACUGUGCUGUACGAAAACCCUCAAGUCUUGAACGACAUCACCAACGGACAAAACCCCGGCUGCGGUACCAAUGGGUUUUCGGCUGUCGCUGGGUGGGACCCGGUAACAGGUCUUGGGACGCCAAACUACCCGGCAAUGGAACAGCUUUUCCUUAGUUUGCCAUAG